GGCUACAACAGGCAACUGAGAAGCAACCUCUGUUUCAGUUGGAAAGCAACGACAAACAAAAAAAAAGUUGUGGCAGGAAGCAUUUGUGGUGCAGUACAAACCACAGAGAUCGGUGAAAGUUUGCUGUCGUGGUAUAAAUUUCGAUAUAAAGAGGCAUGGCUCACAAUUAGUUGCAGUUGCCCUGCUUCUAUAGGUCUACGAAGGCGAUUGAUUCUGCAUAGAUCCAGAAUGAAGGUGACCAUUUCAAUUAUUAUUGGUGUGUUUUGUGUAAUUCACUACUAUGAAGCAAAAGAGGUGUCAAGUGACUGCUGCAAUUGUUCCGCUAAUUCAAGUGGGAGUUUUGGCUACGAAAUUCUCAUUGGUAAACUGGAAGAUCUCGAAAACAAAUUGAAUGAAAAAUAUAAUACCCACAAGGAGAUGAAGUUGAUGUUGACUAAACUAGAGCAAGCUGUGGGUCAAAAUUUGACCACUAUCAUGAAUCGUUCGGUGAGGAUUUUGCAACAGCAGCUAGGUCUAAUACCAUUCAAAUCUUGCGCCGAAAUUCCUUCGCAUAUACCAGGAAAGUACAAAAUACAUCCAUUGGGUUUUAAGGAACCAUUUGAGGCGUAUUGCGAACAGAAAAUAUUUGACGGAGGAUGGACUGUUGUGCAGCAUCGUUUUGAUGGAUCAGUUGACUUCUCCCGGAACUGGACUGAAUACCAGAACGGAUUCGGAAGUCUUGACGGAGAGUUUUGGAUUGGACUGGAUAAACUACAUCAUCUUACAAAGGAUGGUAACCAUCAGCUACUUGUAGAGUUGAAAGAUUACAACGGGAGCUACAAAUUUGCACGAUACGAGGUGUUUGAGAUCGGCAGCGAAAGUGAGAAAUAUACAUUGAAGAAACUGGGAAGUUACAGUGGAACCGCCGGAGAUUCCUUAAAGCAUCACAUAAGCAUCCAAUUUUCAACCGAAGAUAAUGCUACUGAUAAUGUUGCCAGUAAAUGCGCACAAACGUUUAAGAGUGGAUGGUGGUACACUGAUUGUCAUUUCUGUAACCUCAAUUCAUUUUCCAACAAAAUAGACGAAAAGAUUGGUAUGAAAUGGUAUUAUUUCAAAGCCAAAUACGAAGCGUUAGCAUAUUCCCGAAUGAUGAUUCGUAAAACUUCAAAUAAUGCGGAGACCUACCCGUGGCUGUAUAUAUAAAUACAGCAUGCUGUACAUAGCCACAAGAGAGCAUCAUCCAGAUUGUUGACCUAUAACAAAAUAUUCUUUAGCAAACUCUGUGAUUACAUUCACUCAAUGCUUUGACUACUGCUUUUCAUCACGGAAUAAAAGAAACUAGAUUAAUAAAUUAUGUACCUAUAACAAUAUUGAACAACGAAGUGUUUAACUGAGGCAUGUUAUUCUGGGCAACCUACGCACUUACUUUCAGUCCUGGGCACCCACGUACUUGCGUUGUUUAUUUUUUUUUUUUUAAUAUGGAAAUGCGCAUGAGAUGAAGAAUGUUUUUGAUUAGCCGAGGAAAGCUGAUAACUGUUGGCUAUACUCCCUUCGACCGCUAAGGAUGAUACAGAAAUGGUUGAAGAACUUUUGACGUAAUGCGAUUGUUCGAUUAUCCCUCAAAACCCCAGGAAAAACUUUUUUUUUAAUCGACUCUCAGGAACUAUAAAAUAUAAAAAUAAGUGGUACUCACUAUGAUCGAUGGGAAGAGUUGUACUUCUUGCAAGGGUAGUUGUCAAACCGAAAGUCCAUGCUUGAACCUGAUUUUGCACCGGAAAUAAGUGUUCCCUGGUGCAAUGUUGUGGCGAUAUGUUCUACAGCGGCCUAUUGGCUACUUUUUCAAUAAAUA